AUGUCGACUUCUGGGGCUUCCGCGACCUGGGAUUUCACUCCUGCGAUCAACUUACUUUACUCUUUCAAACCUGAGCCUCAACCGAAACCUAUCGAAAUCCUUCGAAGCAUUCAGUCCGAGUUUACCGAAGCUCGCAACCAUGGUGCCGCAUCCCCAUCCGGACGGGGGCGUGAGGAUAAUAGUAGUGGAAAGCUAGGCGAUUUCAGUGCGCUUUGGACGUUUCUCUCGCAGCCCAGCCCUACCGCGCCGGACAAUAUUGAACGAGACGCGACUCUUGGGGUAGGAGCCUCUGAUUGCAAGGAAAAACAAAGGACCAACCUUGAGGAAGCCUCGGCGGCUACUGUUGAAUGCCAGCCAGAGCUGUGCGGCAUGCAACCAAAGAAGAUUUUACCUAACAAAAGGAACCCACCAUCUGUUUCAAGUGCUCCUCCAGGCGAUACUGAAGCAACGAUCCCUGAAUGCCGGCCGAUUCAAAUCUUGAAAAAUCCAAAUCGCAUUCGGCGAGCGUGUCUACCAACGCCCCCUCGCCAAGAAUCCCUGUGUUUAGCGGAGCGUCCACAGCGCCACCCACCCCGCGACAUCAUCCCAUUGGUGCGUCCACCGAAAUCCCCGAACAGGUCACUUGCGAAACAUAAAUACCAGGUGGAAUCUAAACUGGGUGGCUCCACUGCUGAAAAGAGAUCCGAUCUCAUCAGUCAUCUUUACAAACAUCAUAGAGACCAGCGAUUAUACUUGGCCAACCCCAAACUCUGUGACUCGGCGUUUAUAUCAUUGAAUAUCAGCUCAAAUGGAAUCCACAUAUUUGUUGACAUAUCUAAUGUGAUGGUUGGAUUCCAUGAUUGCAUCAAAAUUGCCAGGGAUAUUCCAACUACCGUCCGAGUUCCACGCCUCCCAUUAUCCUUUCAUAACUUGUCGCUAGUUCUCACGCGAGGUCGACCAGUCAGCAAGCGGGUGAUUGUGGGCUCUGACCGCUUUCCAGCGAUAGAUGAGGCUGAGAAACUUGGUUACGAGACUAACAUCCUAGUACGGGUCCAAAAGCUGAAAGAAGCAACCCCCCAGAAGAAUCAGGUUUCCAAAGGAAGAGGUAUCGUCGGUGCUAAAUGCUGCGGUAACAAGCAGCAGGACCAAUCUAGUGGGUCCGAAAGCAGCUCUAACAAACCUGUCCCAGAGAAAUGGGUGGAGCAGGCUGUGGAUGAAAUCUUACAUCUUAAGAUUCUCGAAAGCAUCGUUGAUACCGAUGAACCUUCGACUAUCGUCCUUGUAACAGGGGACGCAGCCGAAGCCGAGUACUCUCAGGGAUUUAUGAAAAUGGUCGAGCGCGCCUUAAUGAAGGGAUGGACCGUCGAACUGGUUAGCUUCAGCUGCACCAUAAGCCGCGCUUACACCGGAAAGGCGUUUCGAUCCAAAUGGGGUUCCAAGUUCUCGAUAAUCGAGUUGGACAGAUACGCGGAACAUCUGUUGGACAUGUGA